UUGGGACGGCGGAGCUAGUUUCUGGUAGAGCCAGUCAGACGGACGCACGGAACAGUUCGUAGACACAGCAAGGUCGUGUCCCGUCCUGGGUAGUUGGAGUGUCUUUUGGACCAAGAUGAUGUGCACAGCCGUUCGGGCCGGGGUUCUGUCCCCGUACUUCCAGGUUACUAAACACGCCGUGAAGGGCCUGGUGUCCGCCGGAGCCAAGGGGCCGCUGCCCGCUGCUGCUGCUGGAGGAAUCCGCCUCGCCCAUACAGACAUCAAGAUUCCCGACUUCUCAGAGUACCGUCGGCCUGAGGUUUUGGAUCCCAACAAGUCCUCCCAAGACAGCGUCGAUGCCAGAAGAUCGUUCUCCUACAUGAUGACCGCAGGCACCCUUGUGGUGAGCAUCUACGCUGCCAAGACGGUGGUCCACCAGUUCGUCUCCUCCAUGAGCGCGUCAGCCGACGUCCUGGCCUUGUCCAAAAUUGAGAUCAAGCUCGGUGACAUCCCAGAGGGCAAAAACAUGACCUUCAAGUGGAGAGGAAAGCCCUUGUUCGUCCGUCACCGCACUCAGAAAGAAAUCUCCGCAGAGGAGGCGGUGAAUCUCGGCGAGCUGCGCGACCCACAGCACGACAAGGAUCGAGUGACCGACCCCAAGUGGCUCAUCGUUCUCGGCGUGUGCACCCACCUGGGUUGUGUGCCCAUCGCUAACGCCGGAGAGUUCGGGGGUUACUACUGUCCUUGCCACGGCUCCCACUACGACGCCUCAGGCAGAAUAAGGAAGGGGCCUGCUCCUCUCAACCUGGAGGUCCCCUACUACGAGUUCCCCAGUGACGACAUGGUGGUGGUGGGAUAGACGCAGGAUUUCUACUCGAGUUUUAUUUGAGCUCCUCUCUAGUGUUUAAGAUUACUUUAUGUAAGAGUUGGGAGUUACAUAAACUGUGUCACGAAUAAAGGCAGAUUUCCAACUUUA